GCUGUGGUGAUGGGUUAAAAAAGGCAGAUCACCUCCCACUGGAACCUUAAUCACACCAGGUGUGUCUCCUCACUGACACACCUGCGUCCACUUGUACAGGUCUGUAUAUAAAGACUCACCAAUCACUGCUUCAGUUUCAACCUCAGAGCAACUGAACCUGAGAGGUACCGAGCUGACCACAGGGGGAGCUGUAGAUCACACUACUUCGCAUUACGGCCCCUUCAGUGACUCGAGUUCGACGACUCCACUGUCUAAGAUACAGAGCAGGCGGCAGAAGGAGAGCGGUGCGGAUCCCUGUGUGUCCACCUCCAGAUGAAGAGGAGGAGGAGGAGCAGAAGGAGUGACAGUCCGACCGGACCCUGUGGUGCUGUGGUUCUCCUGCGUCCACGCUCACCGAGACCCACGGAGACCAGCUCACCUGAAAAUGGAUUGACCAGAGGGGGAAUGGAAAAGCAGCAGUGAAACCAUCACUGAAAGGCAAAAGAAAGCAGAACCCGAGAGAAUUCCUAGGGAAAAUGAGAGAACCUUAGUCCACAGACUCUUGAUGUCAAAACAAUUGGACUUUGCCUCGAAGGAUUUCGACUUCUGUGUUUGAUUUUGGAACGACCCGAUAAGCCAUGAGAGAACUUUGAACAAAGGAAUACGUCUGUUUCAUCCUUUUUUGCCAACACAUCUCCUCACUGCCCUCCACCUACAAACAACAUUUUAGCAUGGAGAAAACCUACUCUUUAACUGCCCACUACGACGAGUUCCAGGAGGUCAAAUACGGCGGUCGAUACAGCAGUGACAUCCUCAGCAACGGCAUGACGCUUCACCUGGGGGGCAGCUUGGACCGACAUGUGGGGCGUAGCCGAGGAGGGACGUGGUCAAACGGUCGAAAUAAAGAUGCAAACAAUACGGCAAACGGCCGUGGAAUUCCUCGGUGGAGCCGUAGGGAGAUCUGUCUGCUCUCAGCUUUAGUCUUUGCAGCCGGUAUGUGUGUCAUCUUGGGCAGCAUGCUGGCACUUAAGUACAUUUCUCUGGACGCCCAGCAGGACCCACAGUGUCGCCAGGACUGCCAACGCAAACGCUCCUUGUUGCGCACGGCUCGCAUGGUUCAGGCCAAUAUCGACCCCACGAUCCAGCCCUGCCAGGACUUCUACUCGUUCGCCUGUGGCGGUUGGUUGAGGCGCCACGGCAUCCCAGAGGACAAGCUCAGCUACGGCAUCAUCACCGCCAUAGGGGAGCACAACGAGGAGAAGCUGCAGCACCUCCUGCUGGAGCCGAUACGUCGGAAUGAACCGAACUCGGCAGAGCGCAAGGUGAAGGAGUUCUACAAGUCCUGUAUUAACAUCCAGGAGAUUGACAAGCUGGGCUCCGACCCAAUGACGGACGUGAUAGACAGCUGUGGUGGGUGGGACCUGGUGGGGGCCCCGCCCGGUGCUGCCGGGUGGGAGCAAGACGGCGCUCCGCCCAGACCGGACUUUAACGAACUGCUUUACAGAACCCAGGGGGUGUACAGCACCCCAGUGUUCUUCUCCCUCACCGUUAAUGUGGACGACAAGAAUUCCUCCAGGAACGCUAUCAGGAUUGAUCAGGAGGGCCUCACACUCCCUGAGAGAAGCCUCUACCUUGGCCAGGAUGAAGACAGCGUGAAGAUCCUGGCGGCGUACAAGGCCCUAAUGGAACGCCUGCUGAGCAUGCUGGGAGCCCACAAUGCCACACAGAAAUCCAAGGAGAUUAUACAGCUCGAGACACGCCUGGCAAAUAUCACCGUGUCCGACUACGACGACCAAAGAAAGGACAUCAGCACCAUGUACAAUCGCAUCACCCUGAAGCAGCUCCAGCGCAUGGCUCCUAGUCUCCACUGGAAACGCCUGCUGGACAGAAUCUUCCAUGACAACCACUCAGAAGACGAGGAGAUCGUGGUUCUGGCCACCGACUACAUCCAGAAAGUGUCCGACAUCAUCAAGACCACAUCGAAAAGGGUUCUUCACAACUACAUGCUGUGGCGCAUCGUGGCGGCACUAAGUGAGCACCUGUCCACCGCCUUCCGCAGCUCCAUUCACGAGUUUUCUCGGGAGAUCGACGGCACGGAGCAGCAGCUGGAGCUGAGCAGACUCUGCCUCACGCAGGCCAACAAACACUUUGGCAUGGCGCUGGGCGCUCUGUUUGUCCAGCACCACUUCUCCUCGCAGAGCAAGGCCAAGGUCCAGGAGCUGGUGGAAGACGUCAAACACUCCCUGGACCUCCGUCUGCAGGAGCUGGACUGGAUGGAUGAAACCACCAAGGAAGCAGCCCGAGCCAAGUUGCAACACAUGAUGGUGAUGACUGGCUACCCAGACUUCCUGCUCAAACCUGAGCUCAUAGAUCAAGAAUAUGGGUUUCACGUGGAUGAAAAGACGUACUUCAAGAACAUCCUCAACAGCAUCCAGUUCAACAUCAAGCUGGCCGUGAAGAAGAUCCACGAAGAGGUGGACAAGACAGUGUGGCUUCACCCUCCUCAGACUCUAAACGCCUACUAUCUCCCAAACAAGAACCAAAUGGUUUUUCCUGCUGGAAUCCUUCAGCCGACUCUCUACAACCCAGAGUUUCCUCAGUCCCUCAACUACGGAGGAAUAGGAGCCAUCAUCGGCCACGAGCUAACGCACGGAUACGACGACUGGGGGGGUCAGUAUGACCGCAAUGGAAACCUCAAACAGUGGUGGACGGAGGACUCUUACAAGAAGUUCCAGAAGAAAACGGAGUGUAUCGUCAAGCUCUACGAUAACUUCUCUGUUUAUAACCAGAAGGUGAAUGGUCGUCUGACACUGGGAGAGAACAUAGCAGACAUGGGAGGACUGAAGCUUUCGUACUAUGCAUAUCAGAAGUGGGUGAGGGAACAUGGUCCAGAGAGGCCCCUGCCUGGACUCAAAUACACACACGAACAGCUGCUCUUCAUCGCCUUCGCACAGAACUGGUGUAUGAAGAGGAGAUCUCAGUCCAUUUACCUUCAGCUGCUGACUGACAAACAUGCUCCAGAGCACUACAGAGUUAUCGGCAGCGUUUCUCAGUUUGACGAGUUUGCCCGUGUGUUCCACUGUCCAAAGGGUUCUCCCAUGAACCCUGUCGACAAAUGCUCAGUAUGGUGACCUCUGCCCCCGGGGCCCUGGACCUUUGGACCUGCACCCAUUAAUUAACACAACUAACGUCUUAACCCCAGCAGGCAUACACACAUAUUCACACACAACCUGUUCUACUUCAUUCAUGCGUCAACUGUAGCAGGAUGCUGCGGAGCUCUCGUCUUCAGAGUGUUGGGGUCAAACUGCACGAAAAUGUAUGUGUUUCCAGGGUCACCGUGUCGGAUGAGGUAAUCAUGGCAGCACACAUUUACAGUGCAGCUUGACUGACAGCUUUGAGAGACUGUACAAUGACGCCUGACCUGACCAAUGAGCAUGACUGACAUGAUGUUGUAGGAAGGAAGAGCAGCUGGCACAUGGGACUGACAGAGUGUGCUCCCAGAAAUAAUAAACAUCAGAUUUGGUGGUUGAGACACAAGGAUAUGUCUCUGGGGACGCACCUCAGACCAAACUCAACUCGUUGUUGUUGGUUUUCAUUGCUACAUUUCAAUGAGCUCGCGUCCUAAUUGAUAAAGGCCAUGUGUCCAUUCACAUCAGGCCAAAAGCCUCUGGUCUUCGACCGUCUUUCCUGCAGAGUUGUGCCUAAACCAGAAGCAAACUUUUUAGUUUCACAUUAAAUCCGUUCUGUCGUUGAGAAGCCUGAAUUAUACUCAGACCUGUGACAAUAAGGCAGUGGUAAUUUAACUAUUUUCACUUUUUUGGUCUGAAAACUAUUAUUUAUUGAAUGCAAUUAAUAUACUUUUGUUCAUCAAUACCAUAGUGAUAGGCAGAACAAUCAAACACUAUCCCUCUAGGUGGCAGCAGAUAACUAUAUAAACUAAAAAAAAAGAGACUUCUUCUUCAGUCUUUCUUCAAUUCCUGUGAGUAAAUCAGGGUUGUGUUCAACUAAACACGCAUGAGGUUUCAGUUUACAUUGUAUGACAAGUUUGUGUGUGUGAUUGUUUUAAAUCAUGUCAUCGACCACAUGCAUGGGUGUUGAUCUAAAUGUGGAAGAAAGAAUGUGGUUUAAAUAAUUUAGUUGCUCGUCAAACCCUUACUCUUUAACCUCGGCAGUGCUGUUUGGUUUGGUGAGUUUAAACGGACCCACUGACAUGUUGAUUUGUAGUGUGAAUGACAUGAAAAGUGUUUUUUGUUUUUUUUUUUCUUUACCUUAAUAGUUUACUUUACGAGACGUCCUCAGAGAUCUUCAGGCCAUCUGAUAUGACGACAGUCUCUUUGUGCCGCGUUGACUGGUUACAUAAAGCGUUUUCAGAUCGUGGACAUUAGGGUUUGCCUUACAUGGAUAUAAAGAAUUUCUAGAGGCAGCUCUUUCUCUUUUCCACUGAUACUGUCUAUUUCCAUGUCUUAUACUCACAUUAUCAAAUCCAUUCAUUAUCAAAACAGAAAAAGACAGACAGGGAUAGUAAGAAUAAGCCCACAGGUGGAUUUACAGAUAAGAUGAUGGGAUAUUCACAAAUCCAAAGCUGUCUGAAAGGAUGAUGACUAAAAUGUUUUGCCAAAGUAUAAAAACUAUCAUAUUUUCAGUAAGAGUGUUAUGCAACUGUGUAUAAAUCAGGCUUUACUCAAACAUGACUAUUCUGACAUAAAUAUAAUUUUGUUACAUAUAUAUUUUUCUAUGUUUGAAUUUAUCUUGAAAUCAUCUAUUUUUAUAUAUUUUAGCAUUUUCUGCCAUGUAUGAAAUCAUAAACAUGUAUCAACAUAUGUCUUAAUUUUUUGUAAGCAUCAAUUAUGCAACCAGGGGGAAAAAAUAGAAAGAAAUUGUGGAUGUGUGAUCGGUUCCAAAAGUAAGACGUAACAUUUGGGGGGAGGGAGGAGAGAAUUUAUAAUAAACUGGGAUUUUCCGAUCCAUUCUGUUUGGUGUUGGAGUUUCCAUUUGUUUUGCAAUGCUGCCCUCUUGUGGCUAUCAGAGCAAUGGUCACUGUGUAACUGCCAUGAUUGUCGUGUUGCCUGCCCUUCUCUCGCUCCUGGGUGUUUGUACAGUUUUUAAGAAAUACCAAUGCUUGCUUUUUAAAAAAAAAAACCAACACAGAAGAUAAUGCCUGAUUCCAGGAGUGAUUUGUAUCAAAGUUCAGUGACAAGACAGAGAAUCAGUGGGACAGACUCUGAUCAAAGUUCCAACUAAAGUCUUCAGAGACAUCCACAGAGGAGCAGGGAUAUUUAUCAAAGGCUGGAUGAAGAUAAGAGGAGAUGAUGUUGCCUGGCUGCAGCCCAGCUCACGGGGAUGGGGGCAGAAAUAUUUUGACCCUUCUGGGCAACCUGAUCAGGAGGUGGGGGCUUGUCUGAGAAAUGGAUUGACCUCUGCUGUUAUUGGACCCUUUAUAUCUCAUAUUUCCUGGUCAAAAUGCAUGCUCUCAAGACAUAAAGGAUGGACAGUUGAGUGAUGUCACUCGUCAUGCACUCGCAGUCAAAUCACCAUACAACGGGACGGUGUCAGUUCAGAGCACUGCAGCGUGCAAAUACAGAAUCGAACAUUUGUACACAGUGUUAUUUAAAAAAAGAAAAAAAGAACUUACUUUUGUAUUCAGAAUCUGUUGGUAUAAAAUAAGACUCUUUGUACAGUGAUGAGCGGUACAUGGGGUUGUACAGUUUGUUGAGAGUGCAUGUCUCCUCUCACGCCAACCUGAAACAUCUGAUGGACAAGUGUACAUCUGCUGGUCCAGCUGCUCGUCCUCACAGCUGCUGCUGCUGCUAACUCCUCCUCUCUGUUGGUCACUGUUUAAUGUGUGAAUAAACUCAAAGGAUCACUGUGCUCAGGUGUGUGUGUAAGAGAGAGUGUGCGUGUCUUACCUGACUCCUGUGUGUAUACAGCUCAUUAUCAGUGUCACUGUGUUCUCAGCUGAGUCAUCUCUCUCUCUCUCUGUCUCUGUAUCUCUCUCUCUUUCUGUCUCUCUCGGUCACCUACUGGUAGAUAGUAAAAGUCUGCUUUUGUGUUCAGCCUUUUGUAGCAUCACGGUACAAUAGGUGUUUCCCAGUACAUCAUCACCGACGUACAUGCAUGGAGGACUGAACGGUCCUGGAACAACAGUUGACCGACUCCCCCUGCUGUUUUACUGUUUAGAACAAGUUCCAUGGAUCCAGCUCAUUGUUGUACGAAUCACAACUUGACGACUCUCCGUCGGCCUUAGUCUCUACUUUCUUUCCACUUUCUGAAAUGUACUUGUGUAGACACGAGCACAUUUCAUGGCCCGUGGAUAAAUGUGAAAGAUGCAUUAGAACAAAGUCUGCAUCUGCUGCCAUGGUACUGUUCCAAUUCUUGUCUGUGAAAAUGUGGCUCUACACACAGAUCUUCAAGAAAAAGCCUGAAACUUGAAGUUUUCUAAAGAAAAAAAAUUUCUAGUAAAGUCAAUUUUAGAUUAUAUUAUUAUUCUUGUUGAACCCUUUAAGGUAUUUCCUUUUCUUUUUGGACUGAGCUCUGCUCCCUGUGGAGUUCGCAAACGAUUUAUUUGAAAAGCUCAUUCUGAGCCACUGUCAUUUCCUGUGGGACUAAGAAGCUCAGAGGGAGAUGAGCAUGCUUUCCUGAAACUUUCUCAUUGAAGAAAAGACUGCUUUUAUCUGCAAUGCCAAGGCUAAGGAAUCCUGUUGGCUUCCUCUAGAGGAGAGCAGCAGUACUAACAUUUUAUGAUACUCUGCUCUGUCACUGAAUACCAAACGUACAAUCAUCAUUUCCAGAUGGAUUGCUUUGCAGUGCAGGAAGACAGGUUAAAUGAUGACACCAUAAAAUAAAUAACUAACACCAUUUCAGAGAUGGAUGGUGGCAGACAGUGGAUUUGAUUUUUAAUAAAGGACAACUAUCAAAUAUCAGUCUGAGAGAUAGUAAACCAAUAUAUCUGUCUGAUCCUACUCUUCUCAAACUUUAAUACUUUGUGCUCCGCCACCAACAUGAUCUCUUUUUCUGUUUGGGCCAUUGAGAUAAAAGAGACAGAGGCAUGAAACAGAUGUAACCUGAUGUAAUCUGAUGCAUGUUUAUAUUUCUAUCCGUCCAUGCGUUUACAUAAAACAAACUAUUCCUUAUCUUAAUGUGCAGUACAUGCUUUUGUUUGUUUGUUCAAGUAGAUAGAAAACCAAAAAGAUAUGACAAUAAAAAAAAGAAUGUGAGGUAAUGGUUACAUUUUGAGACGGAACAGGUGAGUGAAGUGACCAUUUGUAGAUAUUUAUAUUGAAGGGAUCGGUAGGAUUUAAUGUUCAGCGUUUACCAUAUUUUACGUGGGUUCACAUUCUUUGCACUCUUCUUUGACCAACGGUUUAUAUUUCGAAAUCAAAUUUGUGCUUUUUGGCGACAUCGUGUGGUUAAAAUAGACAAUACCUCUUAAGUAAAGAAAAAUAUAACAUAUAAAUAGCGCUUAAGUUGUACUUACGUCGUGUGUUUUCAUGACAUCGUGGUUCUGGCUCAUCGCCUACAUUCUGUGCUAGGCGAAAACUACAAGGAAAAAUCGCAUACUCAAACUUCAUAAAAGAAUGAAUAGUAUUAUACAGUAUAUACUGUGUAUAUAUACAUAUAUAUAUGAUAUCCAUAUUCACAAAUUGCUAUAUAAGGACAUAUAUGUUUUCACUGUAAUAAUUGAUGUUACUGAUAUCUAACAUUUACAUAUUUAAUUAACUGGCUAAUGUUAGCCUGUUGCUUCCCCUGGAAGGCUAACAGGCUAUUUUUAUGUUUGUCCCUGUGGAGUCUGGUCAAUUGUAAUACUAUCCAUCAUGUCAAAAAAACAAUUGUCAGCAUUCCUCUGCUACUGUUGUAACAGGAGUUUUGUUUUUGUUUUUGUUUUCCAACCAGAGCCUGUUCAAAAAAGGUUCAAAAGAGUCAAGUAGAAGAUUUAAAAAGCAGACAAAAGAGAAGGGAGACAUUUAAGAUCAACAAUUGAUUUUUGAUCAUUAAAACUUUAGAUCUUUCAGAUGAAUAACUUCUUCUUCUUCUUCUUUCUGGAAUAACAUUACAAAAGCCAUGAAAGAGCUAUGUUUUGUGAAAUAAACAAAACAUUUAAUUAUACAGAAUUUGUCAGCUGCACUUACCCAUACACACAUUAUACAAACAUGUACCCGCCUGACUACAGACAAAAGUGAAGAGAGGAGGCAGAGAUUGAUCUUUAAUCCUGACAGUAUGACAUGUACUUCCGGUCUGACCUACUUAUUGCACAGUCCCAACACAGUUUGAUCUGAUCUAAUCUGAUCUGUCAAAGUCCUGCAGCCUGAGGUCUCAUGCAGCAUGUGGAUGUGGAAAUGUUAGUGAAAGCUUCUCUAGUCAAACUUCUCCGAAGCUUUAUCAGUGUCUCAUUCAUACAAAAGUUAAACAAGGAACAAAAAUCCCAAGAACACUUGUAUUAUACAUGACUUUUAUUAAAAUUUACAUUUCUUUUAUUGUAACUUAUCUAGCUUUACCUUAAAAAGCGGGUCUUUAAACCUAAGCCUAGCCAUUUUUGUACUUAAGGCUGUAAAACAUUGUAUGUAAAACAUUAUAUUAAAAGCAGAACUAAAGUACUAAAAUAUAAAUUAAAAAUAGUAAAUAGCAGGCAUAAUAGGUUACCAUUUUUGUCCUAGGAUAUUACUCUCCUGACCAUAAUGAACAUACACUAAUUUACAGGUUUUUAUUUAGGACCAUACACACUUUUAUUUACCAUUUCAUAUGAUAAUGGACUAUUUCAACUGUGUUGUGUAAAUAAAGAACGUAUCGAUUAUAACAGGAUUAAUAAAUCACUCAACUUUUAUAUUAUAUGCAUGAUCUUUUUCCCCCCUCCUCCUCCUUCCCGCCGGACAAAGUGGAUGAACUAACUAAACGUGUAAGAACUACAACAAUAUAAGGUGGUUAGGUAUAGACCUCUGGAAAUUUGACAAUACUUAAGUAAUCCAUCCAUGUCUGCUAUUAGUAAUUGCUUAAGAUCACAUGCUGUGAAACAACAAAAUAAUAAUAAUAAUAAUAAUAAUAAUAAUAAUAAUAAUAAUAAUACGU